GUGGCAGUGGGGACGGCCUGAGGGGCCCCGGGCGCCCGCACAGCGCCUCCGGAUCGGCGGCCUUUUCCUUGCCCACCGCCGCCUCUUGCAGGCCCCGCCGCCUUUGUCUGCUUCCCGGAGCCACUGAGCUGAUUGGGCGGCGGAGGGCGCGGGCCCCGGCGCGGCCGGCGUGUCCCGGCUGCGAGGGCCACGGCAUCCGCGAGUUGCCAAGGUCACGGAGGCUUCGGGGAGCUGUGAGGCCGCUCCUGAGCACCCAUACCUGGCCCUCGGCCCUUUGCAAGAAGUUCAAGUGGGCCGAUGGGGUCCGGUGUCCAGCGGCGCACUUUGUGCGAUCCCUGCGAGCCCGCAUGUGUGAUUACCCUCUGUUAAAAGGAUAAAAAGGCAACCUGACAGGUCAUCCUGUGGGAUUUUCAGACUUGAAUACAGCAGAGAUACACCAGCAGACAAGAGUCACUACACUUGUUUGCACCGUUCAGCCACAGCAAAGAUAAAAGUCCCAGAGUCACGGCUCUUCCCCAGGUUGCUGGAUUGUUGGCAUGUCCAGGAGAUGUGGAUGUGCUACACACAUUGGCUGUGCCCUGUGCAUAGUCAAGCACUCUGAAAGAAACCCAGGCAACUUCCUUGUCCUGCCUGGCUCAGGAAAUGCGGACACAGAAUCAUGAGGAGCGAGCAGGACAUUGGGGUGUGUGGAGAGAAAAGAGGGCUGACCAACAUGGCCUGCAAAGAUGGUGCAGCACCACUGGACUGCUUUGCUUGCAGUGACAGGAAUGCAAACUGGUGAUGGAUUUUGAUCUGACUGGUUACACAAGGAAGCACCCCUUCUUCGGUGCUGUCGUGGGGCGUGUUGCCAACAGGAUUGCGAAGGGGAGGUUCACUUUGGACGGGAAGGAGUAUCAGCUGUUCCUCAACAAUGGGCCCAACAGCCUGCACGGAGGAGCCAAGGGAUUUGACAAGGUUCUCUGGAGCCCCGAGGUACUCCCGGAUGGUGUCCGCUUCUUCCGGCUCAGCCCCGAUGGUGAGGAAGGGUACCCUGGAGACCUGAAAGUCUGGGUGACCUACACCCUUAGUGGCAGGCAGCUGGCCAUCAACUAUCGAGCCCAGACCAGCAAGACGACACCCAUCAGCCUGACAAACCACGCGUACUUCAACCUCGCAGGGCAGGGCUCCCCAGAUGUCUAUGACCAUGAGAUCUCCAUUGAAGCAGAUUCCUACCUGCCUGUGGACGACACCAAGAUCCCUACCGGGGAGGUGGCCGCCGUGCAGGGCACCGGAUUCGAUCUCCGGCAGCCUGUGGAGCUGGGAAAGCACUUGCAGAAGUUUCACCUGGAUGGCUUUGACCACAACUUUUGCCUGCAGCAGGUGCAGUCUCCACGCCUUGUAGCCAGGGCUCGCCACCCACCCACCGGCAGGACCAUGGAGGUUCACACCACCCAGCCUGGCAUCCAGUUUUACACCGGGAACAACCUUGAUGGCUCCCUGAAGGGCAAAGGUGGCAUCACAUACCCCAAGCACUCAGCUUUCUGCUUGGAAACCCAGAACUGGCCCGAUGCCGUCAACAAGCCCCACUUCCCCAACGUCCUACUCCAUCCGGGUGAGGAAUACAACUCCACCACGUGGCUCGUGUUCAACAGUGCUUGAGCAGAAGGGCUGCUGACUCCUACCAGUGAGAGGGGACUUGCACUUCUUUGCGGGCUUCCUGAUGGUGAGCGGCUGAAAGGAAAAGAAUCCACAAUUAACAUUUCAGCAGUCCUCUGGGAUUCAUGAAUACAGGAAAAAGCAACAGGACGACACCUAGACUCUGGCACCCUUUAAGCACUGUUUUUUAAUAAAAUAACCAAUCAGUAUGGAAAAUGGUAAUAGGUUGAUGAUUUAGACAUAAUACUUUUUUUUUCUUUCAAAUUUUUGCAUUUUUUUCCUGUUGAUUACUGUCAGGCUAUCUAAUUACUAAUAGUGACCUUCAGAGAGGUAGGAUACCUCUUCACUGUUCUGAAACAUCAGCUUGUCAAAACCUACUGUGAUCAUUCAGCAUUUGUGAGUACCUACUCACACCCUUGUGAUUGUUUGACACUGAAGUUGUAAAAAUGAACUAUUAAAGAAUUCAAAUUAGGGAGAAA